AUGAUCACAACAAAACACAAUCGACAAAGACACAUUAUCCAACCAAGACAAGGAAAGAAGAGACAACUCGACAGCCCGACAGCCCGACAAACGCAAAAGCCCGAAGCCCGACAACCCGACAGCUCAACAACCGAAAACCGACAGGUCAACAACCAAACAACCGAAAACCCGACAGCCGACAACCAAACAACCGAAAACCCGACAGCGACAAACAACCCGAAAACCCGACAACCCGACAGCUUAACAACCCGAAAACCCAACAGCUCGACAACCAAACAACCAAAAACCCGACAGCCCGACAGCUCAACAACCCGAAAACCCAACAGCCCGAAAACCAGACAGCCCGACAGCCCAACCACCCGACAACCCUACAACCCUACAACCCGACAAUCCGACAACUCAACCCGAAAACCCGACAACCGAACAACCCAAAAGCCCAAUAACCCGAAAGCCCAACAACCCAGAUGA